CUUUGGUCCGACCCGCUGUUCCUCCUGCUGGCCAGGAAAAGCCCUUCAGACCCUAAGUUCCAUGGCUGCGGCGGGGUCUGUGAAGGUGGCGUUACAGGUGGUGGAGGUGCUGGAAACCAUCGUGAGCCGCUGCGUAGGGCCCGAGGGCCGGCAGGUUUUGUGUACGAAGCCCACCGGCGAGGUAAUGCUCAGCCGGGAUGGAGGCCGCCUCCUGGGGGCGCUGCACAUAGAGCAUCCCGUAGCCAGGAUUGUAUUGACAUGUGUCUCCAGUCAUCUCAAAAAAACAGGAGAUGGUGCUAAAACAUUCAUUAUCUUUCUUUGCCAUUUACUCAGAGGACUUCAUGCAAUCUCAGAAAAAGAGAAGAAUUCUUUGAUUUCUGACAAUAUUCAGACCCAUGAAAGGCAUUGGAAAAAUUGUUGUCAGUGGAAAUGUAUUUCCCAAGCUCUGCUAAUGUUUCAGACACAAAUAUUAGACUGUAUUAUGGACCAAUACUUAAGUAGACACUUUCUUUCCAUCUUUUCUUCAUCUGCUAAAGAGAGAACGUUGUGUAGGAGCUCUUUAGAAUUAUUGUUAGAAGCGUAUUUUUGUGGAAGAGUGGGAAGAAAUAACCACAGAUUUAUUUCACAGUUGAUGUGUGACUACUUUUUCAAGUGUAUGACUUGUACAAGUGAGACUGAAGUAUUGGAGUUAGUGGAUGACUGUUUUAUAGAGCUGAACGUUGGGGUCACUGGCCUUCCUGUUUCAGAUUCUAGGAUCAUAGAUGGGCUUUUGCUUCACAGAGAUUUUUCUAUUUACUGCCCAGUAGAUGGUGACAUAAGAAUGGUGAUAGUAACAGAAAUCAUUCAGCCUCUUUUUUCAACUUCUGGAUCAGAAUUUAUUCUAAGUUCAGAAGCGCAAUUUCAGACAUCUCAGUUUUGGAUUAUGGAAAGGACAAAAGCAAUAAUGAAACAUUUGCAUAGUCAGAAUGUAAAAUUGCUCCUAUCUAGUGUGAAGCAACCAGAUUUAGUUAUAUAUUAUGCAGGCCUGAGUGGCAUAUCAGUGGUGGAGUGUUUAUCAUCAGAAGAAGUUUCUCUUAUCCAAAGGAUCAUUGGUAUCUCUCCAUUUGUAUUACCAGAGGCCUCUUCAUGGUAUGAAAUUUCUAACACUGCUUUGGUGAAAUUUUGUAAACCUUUUAUUCUUAGAUCCAAAAGGUAUGUUCAUCUUGGCUUGAUUAGCACAUGUACAUUUAUACCACACUGUAUAGUUCUUUGUGGACCAGUGCAGGGUUUGGUUGAACAACACGAGAGUGCUUUACAUGGAGCAUUCAAAAUGCUUCGGCAGUUAUUUAAAGACCUUGAUCUAAAUUAUGUAAUACAAGCCAGUGACCAAAAUGACACAUCAAGUCCUCUUAUUCACAAAAAUAGUAGAGAAAGUAGUCAGUUACCUGAAAUUAGUAAUCACUCCAUACAAAGGCCAUAUCAAGAUAUAGUUGUAAAGAAUGGAGAUGAAUUGGAAAAAACUCAGGCAUAUUUAAAUGUAUAUUCAAAUUUGGUAAUUUCAAGUAGAGGAUUAGAAACACAUAUUCCGUGUUCAACACCAAAACUGACACCAACAAAUACUUUCCAAAUAGAUGAUACACUAAAGUGUUUGUCUCCAGAAAAAAACAGAAUAAUUGAUGACUAUGAACUUGAACUAUUAGCUGAUAAUAAUUUAACUGGUAAUCCUACAACUGAAAACACUAGAAUAGAAAUUUCUUAUGAAAAUUUACAAGUUACAAAAAUUGAUAGAACAGGGAGCAAGUUACCAGUGAGAUAUAAGUCAUUGGAUUUGUGUACUUCCCAGAGUUACCAUUCCUCAUCUGUGCCAGCAGGUAGUGUUUUGCCAGUGGGUGGUAAUUUUGAGAUUUUGUUACAUUACUAUCUUCUCAACUAUGCCAAAACAUGCCAGCCAUCAGAAGAGGCCAUGGUUAGUACAUUAAUUGCUAAUGCACUGUUAGGCAUUCCAAAAAUCCUUUUUAAGGCUAAGAAAGUAAAUUACAGCUUCCCACAAAUAUAUUUGAGAACUCUCCAUGCACUGCAAACCAAUCAACUCAUGGUAAGCAGUCAGGAGGGUUUGGAAUCAGUAAUUGGUAAAUACCAGUUGCUAACUUCUGUUCUUCAGUGUUUGACAAAAAUAUUAACCAUUGAUCUGGUGAUCAAUAUCAAGAGGCAACCUCAGAAAAUUUAUGAUCAAGAUUCAGAAGAUGAACUUUAAUAUUGGACUUUGUUGUUAAUCAACUUUUAAUCCAGCUCAAGGCGUAAAGCAGGCAUGUAACUACUCAUUCUCAUUCAGUUCACUCUAUUAGGAAAACAGAAUAACUUCAUAAGUUUUUUUAAAGAAAUAUACUAAAGUCAUCAGACCAUUCAGAUGCAAAUAUUAAAUUACUUUGUGGAACUAAACUAAGGCAGAAAUGGAGUUCCAGCUAAAUGUGUCUCUUUCCCCUUACAUUUCUCUGUAUCUCAGCUCUGUAUUAUUCUUUUUCAGUGAGUAUGUUUCUUUAGAGUUUUCACUUCUGAAUUUUUUCUCUAUUCUCUUUCCCCUUCCUAUAUUUAUUUCAUAGAAUCAAUUUCAAAUUUAGAAGGGAUCUUCAAAUGCUACCUUACUUUAAUUUUUUUGUAAACAACUAAACAUGUAAAUGUUAUUUACUGCAGUUAAAAUAAUUUUAUGUACUCAUAAUUUGUAAAGCAGUAAGUAAAAGUCACAGUUGUCCUUUUAAAAGGAUACAAAUAAAAUUAGGUUUAAUUUCA